CCCCUCCCCCCCUUUUUUAAUUUUUUUUCUUUUUUUUCUCCCUUCCCCCCCCUCACCAUUUCCCCUCGGAGGCGCUUCCCCCGGGCAGGGGCAGAGCCGGUCUCCACCCCCGCCUCUCCCCGGCCCCCGCCGCCCUAUGGCGAUUGGGAGCCCCCUCCCCACCCGGGCACUCGCGGCGGCGGCGGUGGCGGCGGCGGCGGCGGCCUCAGGUCCGGGGGCAUCAUGGAACUAGUUCGCUGAGCUGCCCCGGGUGGCGGCCGUGCGACCCCCGCCGAGCGCCAGCUCCCGCUCCCGGCGGCCGGGCGCCCCCUCUUCUCCCUCCCCGUCGGGCCCCCGCCUCGUCCCGCGCGCCCCGCCGCCGCGCGCCGAGCAGGAUGAGGUGGUAACGGGCCCCCGGAUGACCCGGCGUCGCCACUUGGAAGCCUACAGCUCUGCCGGGGAGGAGGAGGAGGAGGAGGAGGAAGAGGAGGAGGAGAAGGUAGCUACAUCAGGCCGGGUAGCAGGCAGACCCAAAGGAUAUCAUGAAGUUUCCGGGGCCUUUGGAAAACCAGAGAUUGUCUUUCCUGUUGGAAAAGGCGAUCUCUAGGGAAGCGCAGAUGUGGAAGGUGAACGUGCCCAAGAUGCCCACAAAUCAGAAUGUUUCUCCAUCCCAGAGAGAUGAAGUAAUUCAGUGGUUGGCCAAACUAAAGUACCAAUUCAACCUGUACCCUGAAACAUUUGCUCUGGCCAGCAGCCUUUUGGACAGGUUUUUAGCUACUGUAAAGGCUCACCCAAAAUACUUGAGUUGUAUUGCAAUCAGCUGUUUUUUCCUAGCUGCCAAGACCAUUGAGGAAGAUGAGAGGAUUCCAGUACUGAAGGUGUUGGCAAGAGACAGUUUCUGUGGGUGCUCUUCAUCUGAAAUUCUGAGGAUGGAGAGAAUCAUUCUGGAUAAGUUGAACUGGGAUCUUCACACAGCCACACCAUUGGAUUUUCUUCACAUUUUCCAUGCCAUUGCAGUGUCCACUAGGCCUCAGCUGCUUUUUAACUUGCCCAAACUGAGCCCAUCUCAGCACCUGACGGUCCUGACCAAGCAGCUCCUGCAGUGUGUGGCCUGCAGCCAGUUCCUGCAGUUCAAGGGCUCCAUGCUGGCUCUGGCGGUGGUCAGCCUGGAGAUGGAGAAACUCAUUCCUGACUGGCUCUCGCUCACGAUUGACCUGCUUCAGAAAGCACAGAUGGACAGCUCCCAGCUGAUCCAUUGCCGGGAGCUGGUGGCCCACCACCUCUCCACGCUGCAGUCUUCCCUGCCUCUCAAUUCCGUUUAUGUCUACCGGCCCCUCAAGCACACCCUGGCGACCUGUGACCGAGGAGUGUUCAGGUUUCAGCCCUCCUCUGCCCCAGGCCCAGACUUCUCCAAGGACAGCAGCAAACCAGAAGUGCCAGCCAGAGGUGCCGCAGCCUUCUACCACCGCCGCCCGGCGGCCAGUGGCGGGUGCAAGCACACCUCUGCCAAACGCAAGGUGGAGGCCAUGGAGGUGGAUGACUUCUACGACGGGAUCAAGCGGCUCUACAAUGAAGACAGCGCCGCCGACAGCGCGGGCUGUGUGUGUGGCGCUGAUCUCUCGAGGCAGGAGGGGCACCCCUCCCCCUGCCCGCCCUUGCAGCCUGUUUCUGUCAUGUAGUUUCCGACGUUACCUUCAAGUGCAAACCAAGGUAGACUAUUCUGGGAAUGGGAGUAUGGAAGAUCAGGGAAGGCUAUCUACACAUUUAAAUUCACGAAAGGCUGGUUUAGAGCUAGCCAGAAAAAAAAAAAAUUUCCUCUGUGGCGAAUCUAAUUUAACAUUAUUUAAGCACUUAUGGUGUGAAAUUCAGAAGACCCCCAGAAAUUUCAAGAUUAAAAAAAAAUUAUUGUAUUUGUCAUUUCCUCCCAUUUCUCUAAAAUGUAAUAUAGAUUGCCCCUGUGUCAAAAAUCCACAUUAAAUGUUCUUUUUGAAUUUCAAAAAUGCAUAGCUAGCAAUCCCUGUCCCGAUUUAAUUUCCCUCUUGCUUGCUUUAUUAAAAUUUUAAUGAAUUUUAAUGCAUGUUGACCUAUAGUCUGGCUUCCACUGAUUAGGAAACCCCAAAAUUAUUUUUUAGCAAUUUUGUGAACAAUGAUUUCAGUGUGACAGUCAUAUUUGAUUCAUGAUUUGAAUUCAAAUUUCCUGAAUAAGGGUAUUUUGAAAUUGUCCCCUAUGAAUCAGAGGUGGUAACAGAAAAAAGGACUCACGACCACAUUGAUUUUUGUUGUCGUCUCAUAAGUUUCUAGAGUUUGGAAGCGACAGUUUUUUCAUUUUUGUUUAUUUUAAAAGUGAAUCUUAAAAGUGGCAUGUAAUUAGGACACUCAUUUGUUGAAAGCAUUUUGACAUUUGUAUAAAAUAAUUCGAUAAAGUUAAUAUAUCCAGGUGCUCACCAAAGAAACAUGUAAUAAUUAAAAUAGGUUUUGUUUGUAUCUUGUUUCAGUCAUAAAAUCAGCAGGAGAGACUGUCUGGAUGUUGGGACAGCUCUGAUUUGGCUCCGUAACAUAAUAACUGAACUCGGUGUCCUUUAUGUUAAGCUAUUAGGAUUUUCUCCAUGAAAGUUAUUCCCCGUGACUCCUUGGCCUACCUGUAUUUCUCUUAAUGACUUGGAUCCUGACCUCCUCCCGUGCAGUCUGAAGAAGGUAUUACAGUUCAAACCAUGUACCGCUGAAAAAGCCUCUGGUAGCAAUAAAAAGUUGUCCAUCA